AUGGCUGGACCAGACGCUAAAACCGAUUCUGAAGUUCCAGUUGGCGGUGAAACUAACUUUGGUGUUGGCGAUGACACUAAGUCUGACGUUGAUGCUAAGGUUGAUGCUAGUACUGUAGCUGGCGUAGUGGGACGGGUCACGGCUAGUACCAGAGAGAAGACCGAUAUCGAAAAUAACACCAAUACGGACGCUGAAGUCAAAGCGGAGGUUCCGUCAAAGUCCGAUACAGCUGUUGUCGAGGAUAAAACUGACGUCGACUCUAAAGCCGACGCUUCCAAGGCUGCUGUUGCGACCACGACCGACGAAGUUGUCAAACCUGUUGUCGGUGAAAAGGCCGAGAAAACCGCUGACAGUGAGCCCCCGGCUGAGGGCGACGCUGCAAUUGCUGACGAUCCGUGGGCUGUAGACAUCGAACCACCCGCUGCAGCAGCCGAACCGGCCGUUACAUCUGUCCCACCAGCCGCUACACAUGGCGUGGAUGGCGGGGAGGGUGGAAAGGACGGGGAAGAAGGGGACGUGGAUAUCAUGGACGUAGAUGGCAGUGCGCCGGUUGCCGGAGGUGGAGCUUCGAUACAGGGCAAGGACGUUGCGGCACCUCCUGCUGGUGUGGUGUAUUUGGGCCGUCUCGUUCGGAAGAGCUUCGGCGGCGUGCCGUACCUCGGGAGAGUGUUCCACUAUGACCGCGAGGAGAACUGGUACAAGGUUCGAUAUGAGGAUGGUGAUGCGGAGGAUCUGGAGGUUCCUGAGGUGGAGAAGUUGCUAUUAUCGGGGGAAGAGGAAACGGCUGCUAACGCGGACAUCGAGACCUGGUCCGAGACCAACAAGGCAACGUUGAUGGAUGAACGCACGGAGGUAGCCGCUGAGGAGGCAACGCCUAACGCCAACAAGGCGACGUUGAUGGAUGAACGCACGGAGGUAGCGGCUGAGGAGCCAACGCCUAAUGUUGCUUUUCGUGUUGAUGGGCCUGGCGCGAAGGUGGUGGGGAAGAGUGUGCUGAAGGACUUUGAGGGAGUGCUGACUGAAGGGAAGAUCACCGCUUUUGAUGAAGAUACCAAGAAAUACACGGUGGAGUAUGAAGGCACGGAGCACUCCUUGUUGGAAGUGCUGGUGUGGAAGGGCGUGGAGAGCAUUCUGGUGAUUGGAGAGGAUAACUACAUGCCAGAGGAGGACAUGGAGGAGGAAGAGGAGGUGAUUGAGGAGGGUAAGGCAGGGGAGAAGGUGGUUUCUGUGGUAGAAACUCAAGAACCAAGGGCAGUUUUGGGAGGGGCGUUAGGCGUGACUGAAGCAGCAGCGCCUCAGAUUGAGGUAGCCAAUGCAGUGAUGGAGGAGAUGGGUAUGGAUGAGGCGACUGUGGUUGUGGCCACUGGAACAAUUUCUGAGGCGCCUGGUCAGGUGUCUGAUCAGGUGCCCGCUGAGGUGGCUGUUGAGGUGCCUCAACGGAUGGAGGAGAUGGGAAUGGAUGAAGCUAUGAUUGUUGCAAUUGGAACAGAGGGCGGAGAGGGGAGGGCGGGUGAGGUGGAAGGGGAGGUGCAGGGGCAUAGGGAAGGGGGAGGACAAGGAGAGGUGCAAGCAGCAGCAGAGGCAGAAGUAGCAGCAGAGGCAGUGGAAGGUUCAGUGGCAGGGGCAGCUGGGGCUGAUGAAGCAGCUGUUGCAGAGGGAUUGGCUGGAGGUGUAACAGGCGCUUAG